AUGAAGGUCAUCCAUUAUCUACGUGGAAAAAUAAGUGAAGCGAGAUCUAUCUAUCUCAGUCUCUUCAUUUAUCUAUCUAUCUAUCUAUCUAUCUAUCUAUCUAUCUAUCUAUCUAUCUAUUUCAGUUUCUUCAUCUAUCUAUCUACAUGUCUAUCUGUCGCAGUCAGUUUCUAUCUCUUUCCGUCUUUACACCAAUCUAUUUCAUUUAUCUAUCUAUCCAUCCAUCGCAGUUUGCACAUUAUCUAUCUAUCUAUCUAUCUAUCUAUCUAUCUAUCUAUCUAUCUAUCGCAGUCUGCUCCUCUGUCUAUCUAUCUUUCUGUCUCUUCAUCAAUAUAUUUCAGUCUCUUUAUCUAUCUAUCUAUCUGUCUAUCUAUCUAUCUAUCUAUCUAUCAGUCUCUUGAUCAAUUUAUUUCAGUUUCUUCAGCUAUCUAUCUAUCUAUCUAUCUAUCUAUCUAUCUAUCUAUCUAUCUCUUGUCUGUUCAUAUCUAUCUGAGUCUGUUCAUAUCUAUCUAUCUAUCUAUCUAUCUAUCUAUCUAUCUAUCUGGACACUUUUUUUCUCUUACCGAGUUUACCGCGAGUUGUACAAGAUAUUUUCGUUGGAUAUUCUUCGGAGUAAGUGUUAUUUUUGUCCCCCCCCUAAUCUUGUGUAUCCAUUGUUGCCUUUCUUUGUCGUCAUAUUCGUCUGAAUUCCGUGUAUUCAUCACUGUUCCCAUUCUCAAUACACCUCUUCAUCAUACACCCCAUCCAAAUACCACUGCAGACGAUGACAUUUGUACCCUUCCCAACACCCCUCUUUCCACCAGCACAAUGUCUAGUAAAUCCGCAACGCCCAGCACCUUCCAGCAGAUUUCUUCUUCUCUUAAGAAGAAAUUCCCAAUCUCUUCAUCUAUCUAUCUAUCGAUCUAUCUAUCUAUCUAUCGCAGUCUGUUCAUUAUCUAUCUAUCUAGCUAUCUAUCUAUCUAUCUAUCUAUCUAUCUAUCUAUCUAUCUAUCUAUCUAUCUAUCUAUCAGUCUCUUCAUCAAUCUCAGUCUAUCUAUCUAUCUGUUGCAGUCGGUUUCUAUCUCUUUCAAUCUCUUCAUCUAUCUAUUUAUCUAUCAGUCUCUUCAUCAAUAUAUUUCAGUCUUUUCAUCUAUCUAUCUAUCUAUCUAUCUAUCUAUCUAUCUAUCACAGUCUCUUCAUUAUCUAUCUAUCUAUCUAUCUAUCUAUCUAUCUAUCUAUCUAUCGCAUCUAUCUAUCUAUCUAUCUAUCUAUCUAUCUAUCUAUCUCUUCAUCAAUAUAUUUCAGUCUUUUCAUCUAUCUAUCUAUCUAUCUAUCUAUCGCAGUUUGUUCAUAUCUAUCUAUCUAUCUAUCUAUCUAUCUAUCUAUCUAUCUAUCUAUCUAUCUAUCACAGUCUCUUCAUUAUCUAUCUAUCUAUCUAUCUAUCUAUCUAUCUAUCUAUCUAUCUAUCUAUCUAUCUAUCUAUCUCUUUUAGUCUCUCCAUCUAUCUAUCGUCAUGAUAAUAUGAGUGUUGAUAGAUUAUGUGAGCUCAAAUCUUAA